UGCGGCUCCGUCAGGUAGUGGUGCGCCGUGCCAUGUGACCGCAGCGCUGGCAUCCCCACCACCACACGCUUAGAGGCGCCACAGAGGGGGUGUCCGCGCCAUGUGACCCCGCUGGGGAGUGCGCUGAGCUGGUGCUGUGCAAUGACGGGAGGAGAGAGGAGCCUCCCGGUGGGCGCUGCGUCUGGCCAGAGUGAUGCCAGGCAGCCCGCGGAGAACACGGUGGGCAGGGAAGAGCAAGGCCAGACCAGCGUGAGUCGUGAUGGCCUGUCAGGGACGUUGAAACAGACCUCACUCACCACCACGGAGGAGGAGAACGCGGAGGCCGUAGACUCUGCCUUUGAGGAGGAGUUGUCAGACUACUGGCUGAGCCCCGGCCUGACACGACAGAACUCGUGCCUAGAGGCGGUGCCCGAGGACAGCAGACUGUCCCGCCGCGCCUCCCUCCUGGACGACGAGUUCCGCGAGGCACUGGCCAGGCGACACUCGCGGGACUCGCGCCGCGGCUCCGCCAUCGAGGAGAUGGACACUCGCGACCCCCUAGGGCGCCGAGACUCGCUGCUAGAGGCGGUGCUGGCCGCCAAGCGGACCGGGUGGCGCGGCCUGGUGCGCACCGACAGUGUGGAGAGCGGCGCCUCCCUGGCCUCCGUCAGCAGCAUGAGCAGCGACGGCUCGGGCUGUCCCUGCGACGACUGCUUCCUGGGCCUCACGGACCUGCAGCUGCUGACCCAGCCACCCGCCAAGCCCAAGAAGGUAAGUGAAGGCGUGCGAAGGUGAGACGGAGACAGGUAUGUGUGUGUGUGUGUGUGUGUGUGUGUGUGUGUGUGUGUGUGUGUGUGUGUGUGUGUGUGUGUGUGUGUGUGUGUGUGUGUGUGUGUGUGUGUGUGUGUGUGUGUGUGUGUGUGUGUGUGUGUGUGUCGCAGCCGGAUAAGAAUGGAAUGCAAGCAACCUCAUGUGA